AUGUGUCCAGGCAUUGGCCAGGAACAGAAACGCGAUGACUUCCUUCAUCUCCUCCCACCACAGCAGGAUGCUCUGAGGGAGCCAGUACAGCGCUUCCUGCACUCGCCAUGCUAUUACCCAGACUCUGACUCCAGCAGCAGCUCCGAGGAGAUGUUUCACUGCUGCCACCGGCCCUACUGCGAGCUCUGCUUCCAGGGCCCGCUCGACUCCCUAGACAGCAGCAGCACAGACACGGAGCCAGGUGGAUCUGCGGGCUGCUGGGCAGAGUUUCACAGCAGGCCUCAGCCCAUAGUGAAUUUCAAAGAAGAUCUGAAACCCACUUUCGUGUGA